UCGUUCCCCGUUUCAUCAUUUCGAAAUAUGCGGAACAUGGAAUGUACUUUCAACUAUUUACAAUCAUAAACUUGAAUUUGCUUUGUACUUAUCACUGGAGCAUGGUUUUAUUAUGAUUUUUGAGCGCCAGGUGGCUGCAUUUUUGUUGUCCGUCUGUCGAACAGUACAAGUCUCAGCGCCAUUACAUUGAUUAAUAUCAUUGUAUUUGCAUUCCUAAUUUUCUCAGCAAAAACUAAAUUCGAAAUAAAAAAAUCAGUCAAUAUGUCGACUAAACGUAAAAAUCCAACAACCAAAAAAGGACGCGCGAAAUCAAGAAAAGUUGAAUAUGACGAAGAGGACAUCUCUAGCGAACAUGAUUCAGACGUUGAUGACGCCGAAACCGGCUCGAAUGUCGAUGGUGAAGAUGCUGUCGAAGAUGAUCUUACCGAUGUCUCUAGUAUCCCGGAAUUACCGCCACCUGAGGGAGGAUGGGGUAAGCCUGGAACAUUAUUAAUGUGUGGUCUUACAAAUUGGGAUAUGGCAGGUCGUAAAGCUCCACCAAAAGGUGUGAAAGCUAAUGUAGGCCGCAGUUUAUGGACACCACAUACUUUCAAAAAUUUGAAUGGUUCAAAAGUCAGAUUAGUUGCUUCUGGUCCAGCUGCUUCUCACAGUAUUAUUGUUACUGAAGAUAAUCGAUGUUUAGCUUUUGGUAGAAAUGAUAAAGGUCAAUUAGGUAUUGGUGAUACAAAACGUCGAGAUGAGCCUACAGAAGUUACAGCAUUAAAAGGUCAUACUGUCAUAGGAGCAUCUUGUGGUCGUAAUCAUACUUUAUUUUUAACAAGUCGUGGCAUUGUAUUUGCUGCUGGAGAUAAUAAAUUAGGUCAAUGUGGUGUUGGAAAAUCUGAUGCCUGCAUUAUUUCUGCCACUAAAGUAAAAUAUUCUGGUCCACCAAUAGUAAAAGUAGGGUGUGGUGCAGAAUUUUCAAUGAUUUUAGACAUUAAAGGUGGUCUGCACUCAUUUGGAAGUCCCGAAUAUGGAGCAUUGGGUCAUAACACAGAUGGAAAAUAUUUCAUAACAAAUACAAAAAUGGCAUUUCAUUUUGAAAAAGUGCCUAAAAGGAUCGUCUUAUAUAUUGAAAGAGCGAAAGAUGGCCAUGUUACGCCUUUAGAUCGUGUUGAGAUCACAGACUUCAGUUGUGGUCACUAUCAUACAGUUGCAAUUGAUAGUAAAAAUCGUGCUUUUUCCUGGGGUUUUGGAGGUAUUGGUCGUUUAGGUCAUAAUGAACAACGAGAUGAAUUAGUGCCUCGCUUAAUUAAAUUUUUGGAACCUCCUUCACGUGGUGUGAGAGCUGUAUAUUGUGGCAGUACUUAUAGUAUUGCUAUUAAUGUACAUGGAUCAGCUUUAAUGUUUGGACAAACAAAACGUACUGGAGAAGCGAAUAUGUAUCCCAAACCAAUUCAAGAUUUAUCUGGCUGGGAAAUUAGAUGUGUUGGAUGUUCUCAAACUAGUGUAGUAGUUGCAGCAGAUGAUUCAGUUAUUGCUUGGGGUGCUAGUCCUACUUUCGGUGAAUUGGGUUUCGGUGAAAUGCGUAAAUCUUCAACUACUCCGAUGGAAGUGAAAGCACUAGAAGGUUUGUACAUUACUGCUGUUACCUGUGGUCUCUCUCAUACACUUAUGAUUUGUCGAGAUGAAUCCGAAGAAGAGAAAGCUAAAAUUAACAAACUUCAAGUAUAUUCGAUUUAAAUCGCAUAAUUUGUAAUACAAUUAUUUGAAGCAAAUUCUAUUCGCAUUAUCACGUCAACGUGUUUGAAAAUUUUUCUGUUAAUACAAAUAAGAUUACAUUUUUUAAGCAAAAAAGAAAGAAAAAACAAAUUAGAACCAAAAUAUAUUAUUAUUUUAAUUAAGUAAAUCGAUUUAAUAACUUAAAGAAAAGAUUGAAAGAUCUGUGAACAAUUAUAUUAAUAGACUGCAAAAAACGUCCAUACAAAAUAUAGACUUAACUGUUAUUCUCUACUUUUAAAAUUUCCAUUUUUAUUUAAUGUACGAAAAAGAAUUUAUCAUAGAGAAUUCCAUUCUGUUAGUAGCUCAGGAUAUAGACCAAACGUAUAGAUACAAAAAUAUA